CGAAGAAGAAGAAGAAGAAGAGGAUGAACUCCGCCGUCAGAUCGGCAUUCACCAGGAAGAGUUACCGCUCGCCCUCCGCAGCCCUCCUUCGCCGGAACGCGCCGCCGCCUUCCCGCCCGCUCGCCACGGAGGCCGCCCGCGACAUGGACCAGCGCAAGGCGGAGCGCGACGCCAAGGCCAAGACCGGGCCGGACGCGAUGGCGCACUCGUUCGGAGAAGGCUACGCGACGAGGUCCGACGAGGAGGGCUUCGGCGGGAUCUACGAAGGCAGCAAGUCGGUGAACAACAUCCAGGUCGACAGGGAUAUCCAUGCGGGUCAUCCCGGUAAGGAGCAGCGCUCUGAUGUCUCUCGAUUUAGUUUCUUAUAGUGCUGUCUACGUUCAUGGAGAAGUUUCGAUGAUGCUGACUCGAGUUCGCGUUCGUGUUCGUGUCGAUGUUGAUGUGGCCGGCGGCGGCGGCGGCGGCGGCGGCGGAGCGAAGCUUACGACAAGGCGCAGGGGAGCGAGGCGAAGGAGAAGGAGAAGGCGCGACACCAGACCAGCGCUUCGUCUUGAGCGAUGGCUUUUGCUUUGCUCGUUAAUGCUGAAUAUGAUUUCGUUUAAUUUAUAAUGUUAGU